UUUAAAAAUAUGCCAUUCCUUCAUGAAAGAAAAUCGUUUAUCCUCAGAUCUCGCCAAAUCGAAAAUACCGCCAAAAGAAAUGGUUUGCGACACACUAUUUUCAAUACCAUCGGUGACCAAUACAUUGGAGAAUGGAAAGACGAUAAAAAGUCGGGCAAGGGUAAAAUAAUAACGCGUGCAGGCGAGCUGUACGAAGGCGAUCUUGAAGGGAACCGUCGUCACGGCUUCGGGGUUUUGGCGCGCAAAUUGCCAAACAGAGACGUCUUCGAAUUAAUAUACAGGGGCGAUUGGAAAAAUGGAAAAAUGAGCGGAACGGGACUGAGAAUUUUUCCGGAUGGUGGAUUUUAUGUCGGGGGGUGGAAGAAUGGGAAGCGAGAAGGUCAUGGCCGACAUUGGUAUUCUGAUGGUGCAUUUUACGACGGACAAUAUAAAAAUGACAUGAGACACGGAUUAGGAAUUUUGAUUAAAGCAGAUGGAAAUGGCUACGAAGGGGCAUUUAAAUCUGAUAAAAAACGCGGCAAGGGUAUGUAUUUCCACUUGGACCGCGGUCAACUUCAGGAGGGCGUUUGGAACGAUGAUUGUUGCGUUUUUAGCACGUUUAGAGAUAUCGGAUAUAGGCAGUGUGCUGCUAAUCCUGCACCUUAUCCUAUCCCAUCACAUUUGUAUGCACGUACCGAAGUACGGUUCUGGAAUGUCAUUGUGGGAGUGCGAGGGAUUGGGAUUGUUGAGGGUUACAAAGAGAAACCCAAGCGAGGUCAGACUGCGGUUAGACCUUCAUACAAAUUUACCAAAGUUGAAUACCGGAUUAUGUGGUAAAAACGGUAUAUCGUCUGGAGAAUUUUACCUACCUUUACAGUAGUAGAAGUUAUAUAUGCAGGCGGAGCGCCAGUCCGUUUUGGUUGCUUGAAUGUAAUAUACAAACAUUACUAAAUAAGAAUAUAUUUAGUUCAGUUAGGAUAUUGGUAACUAAUAUUUAAACAUAAGUUGGAACUAGGGGCUUCAUUUGAAAGGUUUAUUCAUUAGCAACUUCAACUUUAUUCCACACAAAUGAACAGAAAGAAAAAUUGAAACUUUAUUGAAGAAAUUAACAUGAAAAAGGUAUAUUUCCGGGUGUCCCGAAAUCAAACCGCAAAAUGGUGAUUUCCAGUAAAAGAUGGCUGAAAUUAAGCUAACUUAGUUUAUUUUUUCUAAGAACAUGCACUUUAGGUGUUAAAUAUCCGGAUUGGCGAUGCCUCGACACUGGUCAUAAAAUAUUUCCAAUUCAGCAUGAAGAGUUUAUGUGUGUAAUAUAUAUAAUGUAAGAUAUCUGUAAUGGGAGCUUAUUUUAAUAAAACUUCUAAGAUUCAGUUUUGAGGAUUUUUUCAAGCUAUUCAGUAUUAAAGAAUCAGAUUGAUGGGUUGGCACAAUAAUACUUUGGACAAACUUCUAUUAGCCUCAGUCAGUCAGUUUAAAUAUAUUGAACAAAAGUUAAUAAUAAUAAUGCAAUAAAACGGACACCUCAAAAAAGUAAAAAAUACGUUGUUUAAUUAACUUUUGCACUAAGGUAGAGAACAGUUUUUUAAUACUCUUCAAUUCUUUGUGUUUUCUAGAGAUUCUUACUUAUUUUGACAAAUAGAAUGAAGCGGUGUUGAUGCUGUUGUCCCAAUUUUUCGAGAAAUCAAAAGUGCUCUAAAUACAGUGAAUUUGUUUUUGAGAAACGAACAUAUCAGGUGAUUAUGUAAAAACAAUUGUUUUUUAUUUCAUAAAUAACGAUACUAAUAAAUAAAUAAAUAAUACAAACAGGCGUUAACAGUUUAAUCAAAUAAUAAAAAGUUAUGGCGGUUCCCUUAAAAUACGCCACUUUUAUAAAUGCCCUAUUUCAAAAACGCGCUAGAAAUUUUGGUUAUAUCAUAAGUUUCAUAAAAAAUUGGAAUAUAUCUUCCUAUUUUUAAAUAUAAUUUCAAUACCGUGCAAAAUUAUGGAUUUCAAUUUCAGCCGCAUUUUUUGACAAAAUUUAGAGCACACAAGAUUUAACUGUUUGCGUUGUCACAAAUAUUUUCCCAUAACCCCAAUACACUUGUUUCCGGCGUAUCUAAUAAUAAUUGUUUUUAUCAUUUUUAGCCUCGACAGUAUUCGUUUAUAAUUUCACGGUUUUCGACUUAUUGUUUACAUAAUACGUAAUUUAUUAGCAUCAAAAUUGGCGUGUCGCCUGAAUGUACAGAUUCUAUUUGCCUACUACUACUACCACGAAAACGCGGAUCAAACAAACGAAAAAAUUUUAUUUUCAUAGGGAUCUAAAAUUAUUGUAAUAAUAUAUGUAAUAUAACGGAAAAAGUCUAUUAUAGUUUUAUAUUUUUUUUCUACUCUCGUCUGUA